GCAGAAAUAAGUUUAAAAUUGUCCAUGACUAUCGAGUUAUUUGAAUUGGAAAUUUUUAUUUGGCCAUAAAGUUUACUUUUUUGUUUUGUGGUGCAUCAGCUUUUAGGUAAUCAUUAAUUUAACAUUUAUUUUAUUUCAUAUUUGUAUUGUCGGAACAGAACUCACAGAUGUAUGUAAGUAUCUAACUUGAUGAAUGCCAUUGACAAUCGUGAGUUUUAUUAAGUUAGUCUUUACUCUGAGUGACUCGAUGGUGUGGUAGUUAACACCUCUGACUGUUGCGCCGAAGGUCGUGGGUUCGAUUCCCAGAUAAGGUAAAUCUUGUGUGAUGAACAGGAAUGUUUGCUCAUUGUCUAGCUGUUUAUUAUCUAUAUUUAUUUAUAUAUUUAAACGUAGGCAGGUCUCUAAAUGGGGCGAAUUUAAUAUAUUUUCAAUAUUAAAAUUUAUAUGCGCUUUUAUUAGCUUCAGACGUACUUCUAGUCUUAAUGUCAUUAAGUAGCUGACUUUCCCUAUAAUUCGCUAAAUGAGGCUUAAGAUAAUCAGAGGUUGGAAUAGCACGCAUCGAUUUUAUAAUAUUUGAGAUUGAUUACAUGUAAUUUUGUGACCAGGUAUCCUCGCCUGACAUAAAGCUGCAGUUCUACGUGGGAGAGCUACGUGGAAUUGGCAUAUCAGUACAAGAAUUGGUAGGGGAGCGAAACUGAAAAACGCGAGCCGGAUUCUGAAUAUUGCAGUUGAAGUUGCCGAUGCAUCGCUAAACGAAGAUAAUUUUUAGUCCACAAUAUCUAAUUUUAUUGCGGACAAUGACAGAAAAAGUUGAGGAGCAGUUGAGCAUGUUUAAAGAGUGGUUCAGGAAACAGCCACAUUUCCCAAAGAAAAUAGAUGACAUACUCAUAGUAAGGUUCCUGCACAGCUGUUAUUAUGACGUGGAGAACGCAAAGAAGACGGCCAAUAAAUUCUUCGAGAUGAGGGCGACCUGUCCAGAUCUAUUCGCGAACAGAGAUCCCACGGGACCAGAUAUACAAAACGCGAUCCAGUUUAGCAAAAUGGCCCAAUACUCAAUAGCGGGAAACAAAUUCCUAUGGAUAUGGCAGAUCGACGAUCCUGGCUUGCAGCGUUACAACGCGACUCAUGAGGCUAAGCUGUCAGCACUGGCGACAGACUGCUGGCUCCUCGUUGAGCAGAACUUAGAAGAAAGUGACAUUGUUUUGGUGGACGCGAAACACAUGUCCUUUAGAAUACUGAUGAAGCUUAAUUUGUCUUUGUCUAAAGCGCAGGUCAAAUACUAUGAGGAAGCAAUGCCAUUUCGAAUGAAUCAGAUUCACUUCGUGAAUUGUCCACCCAUCUUAAGCAGAAUUUUUUCAAUAUACAAAACUUUCGUUAAACCUGAAGUCACAGAAAGGAUCUGUUUUCAUUUACCGAACUCUGAAACUCUGUUCGAAUAUAUAAAUAAAGACGACCUGCCAAAAGACCUGGGUGGGAAUCGAGAAAGUAUGGAAUAUUUUACCAAACUCGCCAUUGAACGCAUCAUGGACAAAAGAGAAAUAUUACUAGAUGACAGUUAUUGGAUAAGCUGUGACAAGAAUAAAUAAAAAAAACCUUGAAUAACUAAAUUAAAUUUUUAUUUGUUGCAAUUUAAACAAUUUACAUGUGGAGGAUUAAAAUAAAAACGAUCACAGAU